CAAAAGUCAAAUCACUAUUAGUGCGAUCAUUAAUAGUCUCAUAUCUUCUCCUUAAAUGUUGCAUUAUUUACUUUCCUUUUCCAAUUACUUUUAGUUUUUCCAAGCUUUAUGAGUGGCUCAAUUGGCCCAUAUUUUGAUGCAAAAAUCUUUGUUGCUGAAAAAUGGAGAAGAAUGCAGUGUGUAAUUGUUGCAAGACAUGGGAAGAACAAAUGUAUUGGACACAUUUUAACUGCAUGCAUUUCUUUGUAACCUUACCUAAGAACUUCCUUGAUCAUCUUGUACUCCCUAUGAAAUUUUACUCCCAUAUGCAAGCUCAGUUACCAGCUAAAGUGUCAUUGAAAGUUCCAAGUGGUGCCAUAUGGGAGAUCGAGCUGCUGAAAUCUGUCGAUCUUCGCUUCGUUGGAAACGAGUGGGAAGCAUUUGCGAAAGCUAACGAACUGAAAGAACAUUGCCUUUUGGUGUUUAAGUAUCAAAGAAACUUACAUUUUGAGGUCUUAAUCUUCGACGAAGGGAGUUCUUGUGAGAAGGAAGCUGCCUAUUUUAUUAAGAAACGCGAAGAAACCAAGUCUGAACCGAAAGAUAAAAGAAAGAGGGCUGUGAAAGAGGAUUCUAGCUCGGAGAUUGCUGAGAGCGAUGAAGAAGAUUCUUCGGUUGAUGUGUUGAAGAAGUCUAGGAGUGAUGAUGGAGGAGACGUUUCGUUGGGUGUAAAGUUGAACACUCCGAGUCCUAGGCAUGUUCCUUGUCCAGCUCCUAGACGUAGAGGCAGGCCUAGACGGGUACUACAAACACGCAAAUCGCAAAGCAAAUCAACCGUUAAAUCAAGAAAUGAACCUAGUGAGAUUGCACCGACAGAGUUGAUCGUCCCUGGAAAAAAUGGAGAAAUCUUUCUCAAUAAUCAGUCUCAGAAAUCGGAGGCUCAAUCGGAUAAGAGCUUGAACAAAAUGGAUGGUUCCAAGAAACUAAGUCCAACUUCAAGGGUGCUGAUCAACCCGGAAAAUGCUUCAGCUAAGAAGUCUUGCAACGAGUACAUAUCAAAUCGAAGACCAGUGACUGAUCAGGAGAAACAAGAGGCUUUACAAAGGGCAAUCCAGAAAAGGACUGAAAAUAGCUUCAUUGUAGUAAUGCGACCAACUAGUGUUUACAAGAGGUUUUACAUGAGUAUUCCUGGGAAAUGGCUUAACAGUAACAUGAAUUUCCAACUCCAAAGCCAAAAAGUCGUUUUACGUGUAGGACACGACACAUGGCUCGCGACUCUAGCUACCUACGACAAAAAAGGCGGAGGGUUCACUUCUGGGUGGAAGAAGUUUGCACUCGAUAAUAACUUGGAGGAGUUUGAUGUUCUCGUCUUCACUCCUGUGACCGAGGAAGACGAGGCUCACAGGAGUGAAGACGAGGCUUGUGUUGCGAUGAAUGUUGAUAUUUUCCGAGUGGUUCCAACCAUCACUCCUCUUACUCCCAUCAUGUAGGGUUAUGGACUAUGGUAUGUAUAAGUGGCUUGCUAAUCUAAUAGAAUGUGUUACCUAUGACACUAUUUUGAUGCACCUUGGUCAGUAACAGCGAACAAACUUAUCCUAUGAUAGUAUGUAACUAUUUGCUAUCGUAUUAUGAACUUAUGUAUUAGAAAAUUCCCUUGUUACAAUCUUCUUAUGUUACAUGACAUUGCCAUUUUUUCGACUUCAACGAUUUUG